AUGGACGUUAUCAUCUACGAAGACGUUGAUUUCGGGAAAUACUUUGCUGCCGACAACAGGAGUCCUUAUAUGGAAAAGCCCUCUCGGGAGAUUGAUGAGAUGUGGAAGGAGUUGUACAACUUUGGUCUCACUGGACUGACGCCCGAGGAGGCGUCUCAGCUUCCCGAACCUACCGCUCACCUCCCCCACGAUAACAACACCUACGUGGUUUCCCUCAGUGUUUUCCACCAACUGCACUGCGUCAAUCAUUUGCGCAAGGCAUUGUAUCCCGAUGAGUACCCCGGCUUGUGGGAGUAUCACGAAGACGGCACCGUGAACCACGAUACGAUCUUGGCUCUUCACUGGGACCAUUGCGUCGACAUCCUCCGUCAAUCCAUCAUGUGUUCAGCUGACAUUACUCCUACACCGUUUUAUUACCGGGCCCGCGACGAUAAUGUUUAUUCAACCUUGGCUACUAGACACCAUUGUCGUAGCUUUGACAGCGUGAAGGAAUGGGCAAAAGACAGACAACUACACCAGUGGAGAUGGAAUGAGACGGCCACGACGCAGAAAGUGGGCUAG